AUGGCAGAGAAGAUCCUGGUGACUGGCGGAGCUGGCUACAUUGGCAGUCACUGUGUGCUGGAGCUGGCGGAGGCUGGCUAUGUCCCUGUGGUCAUAGACAACUUUCACAAUGCCAUUCGAGGGGCAGACGCGCUCCCUGAGAGCCUCCGGCGUGUGCAGCAGAUUGUGCACCAGCCCAUCCUCUUCCAGGAGCUGGAUAUCACCAAUGAGGUAGCGCUGCAGGAGCUCUUCAGUAAGCACCGUUUCUCAGCCGUGAUGCACUUUGCGGGGCUGAAGGCAGUGGGGGAGUCUGUGCAGAAGCCCCUGGAGUACUACAGGGUGAACCUCACUGGGACCAUCCGGCUGCUGGAGACCAUGAAAGCCCACGGCGUGAGGAACAUCGUGUUCAGCAGCUCUGCCACUGUCUACGGAGACCCCAAGUACCUGCCCCUGGAUGAGAACCACCCAGUUGGAGGCUGCACCAACCCCUAUGGCAAAUCCAAGUACUUCAUUGAGGAGAUGAUUCGAGACCUCUGCAAAGCGGAGAGGGACUGGAAUGCCGUUCUCCUGCGCUAUUUCAACCCCAUUGGUGCCCACGAGUCGGGCAUGAUCGGAGAAGAUCCUCAGGGGAUCCCGAACAACCUCAUGCCCUACGUGGCACAGGUGGCAGUGGGGCGCCGGGAAUUCCUCAGCGUGUUUGGGAAUGACUACAAGACGGACGAUGGAACAGGUGUCAGGGAUUACAUCCAUGUUGUGGAUUUGGCUAAGGGCCAUAUCGCUGCUUUGAAGAAGCUCAAGGAGAACUGCGGCUGCAAGAUCUACAAUCUGGGUACAGGCACCGGUUAUUCCGUCCUGCAGAUGGUCCAGGCCAUGGAGAAAGCCUCGGGGAGGGAGAUCAAGUACAAGAUCACCGGCCGGCGGGAGGGAGAUGUGGCCUCCUGCUACGCCAACCCAGCGCUGGCCGAGCGUGAGCUGGGCUGGAAAGCUGCCUUUGGCCUGGACAAGAUGUGUGAGGACCUGUGGCGGUGGCAGCUGCAGAAUCCCACAGGCUUCAGCAAGAACUGAGCUGUGGCCCAAGGGCUCACCUGGCUGCUGUGGGUUGCUCUAGGCCAGCUCUGCCUGCCUCCCCAGCGAGACUGUGAUCAUCCUGGGUGCAGUUCCAGCUCCUCCUCCUGCCUGUUGCGUGGGGCAGGAAGGCAGGAGCAUCCCUAGCCUCUCUACUCCUCAUCCUCAUUCCCCCAGGUCCUUUGCAUCUCAUAGAGUGGAAACACAAGAAGAACAGAGCCGGGGCCCAGCUUUGGCACCCAGGGCACAAAACCUCCUUGUGGGAAUGCACAGGGGCUGGUGCCAGCCCCAGCAGGGAGAAGGCGCUUGGCUGGGCCCUGCAGCUGCUCUCAGACCUGCUCCUGGGCCUUCCCUGUGCUUUGGGAAGUGGCCACCUCCAGCACCCAAAUAAGCGAGUCCUGUCCGGCCCAAAUUGCAGAUGAAACCACCCAUUCCCUGCUGCAUCCAGCGCCCAACCUGCCCAGCUUGGGGAGCAGGGGUGGUUCCCAGUCUCGGCAGGGGAAAGCCGGGGCACCCACUGCCCCCUGCCCUGGGCAGGGAGAGGGCUGCUCAGCUGCUGAGCACCUACCUCAUGGCCUCGGGCCCCAGGAACACCCAGACCCCCGCACUCCUGCAGGGACCAGUCACAUCCUGAGGCCACCAUGGCUCAUUUCCCCAGCCCAGCUCCCCAGGGCCAAGGCCCUAAUGGCUGCCAAGGGCU